AUGCAGGCUCCUUCCGCGGCGACGGCGGACGAGGAGCAGCAGCAGCAGCAGCAGAGGAAGGCGGUGGCGGUGAAGAGCAAGAAGUGCUUGUCGAAGCAGCUGUCGAUGUGCGAGACGCCACGCGACGUGGCGUGGGAGCGGCGGAGGCGGCAGAUCCUGAGCCAGGAGCGCCGGAAGAGAGGGAUCCCGGUGAUGGAGUCGUCGGAGGACCUGACCGACGAGGAUCUCAACGAGCUCAAGGGAUGCAUCGAGCUCGGGUUCGGGUUCAAUGAGGAGAAAGGGCAGCACCUGACCAACACGUUCCCGGCGUUGGAUCUGUAUUUCGCCGUCAACCGCCAGCUGUCUCCCAGCCCGGUUUCCACCCCCAACCGCCGGUCACUCGAGCGUCAGCAGACGUUGGAUAGCCCUAAAAGCGACCCCGAAAAAGAUUGGAAGAUUUGCAACCCAGGUGACCAUCCAGAUCAAGUGAAGACCAAGUUGAGGCAUUGGGCUCAAGCUGUGGCCUGUUCAGUCAUGCAAUCUUACUAGCUUCUGACUAUUUAAGUAUUGGGAAAAGCUUUUGUGUAUAGGGGAAACCAUUGACAAUAGAGGGGGUAAGAAAAGAGAGACAACAUUGACAUUUAGAGGAGAGAUCAGGGAGAUUGGGAAGAAGAAGGGAGGCAAAAAAAAGACAUAUACUCACGAAUUAAUUAAACACUAAAAAAUUUACCAUUGAUUAGUUAAUAUAGCUCAGGAGAUCUUCUGACGGUUUGAUCAAAAGUACUACGUACUUCUGCAUGCAUACGAGUCGUGCGUGCUAGAGAUGUGGAUGGUCGAUCGUAGCUGCCUACAUGCUACACAAGAAGGAACAUGAUCAAGUGAUUAAAUUGAUAACAUGCAUUGCAAUGAUUGUCGUGACAUUUGUAUUGAUGAGGUGGC